CUGGUUACUGUUGUGGUCUCUGUUCCAUACAGAGAGAAUGGGUAUGAAGACAAGAUAAAGUUGAUUAGAGGGAAAUUAGAGGAAGUGGAGCUUCCUGUUGACAAGGUAUUGCACAACUUACAGCAUUUCCAAAAAUAUUCAUUUUCGAUGUUUCAUAGGUUGACAUCAUCAUCUCAGAGUGGAUGGUGAGUGUAUUAAUGUGUACAACAGUAUGGUAUAUAUACUCCCUCUACUCUCUUUAAGGGCUACUUUCUUCUGUUUGAGUCAAUGCUGGACACAGUCAUCUUCUCCAGAGACAAGUGGCUCAGGGAUCCAUCUCAUGGUGGCCAUACAUCAUACCUACCAACUGCUAUUGAUCUGAUAGUGUCUCUGUAUCUGCACAGUCUACCCGAAUGUGUGCCGUAUGAAGCUGGUAGCUGUGAGUGAUGAGACCGAGCGAGAGGCUCGCAUAGACUUCUGGGAUAAUGUCUAUGGUUUCAAGAUGAGUUGUAUGAAGACUGAGAUCCUAAAGGAAGCUAGUGUUCAGUGUAUGGAGGAGUCACGUGUCAUUUCCUCCACACACACCCUCAAGGAGUUUCACCUGACUCGUGUGACUGUGGCAGAGCUACAGUUUGAGGAGCCAUUUCAGCUCACUAUCGAACAAGACUCCCUCUGCCAUGUGAGACUGAAUGUUCAAAUAUGAGCCAAGUAAUCUCCACACUUUUUUGUUGGAGCCACUGCACUUUUUUGUGUUUCAAAGUGUGGCGGCGUCCCAUUGUGUUGUGCAGGCAAUUGUGGGGUUCUUUGAAGCUGAAUUCGAGGGACCCCAGCAUUGUGAGGUUCUAAAAACUGGCCCCCAGAGCCCCCCUACCCACUGGAAACAGACUGUCUUCUACCUACAGGACCCUAUCCCUGUUCAGACCGGUAAACUAUUAAACAGUUAGCAUUGACUGGAAUUUGUUUCUGUUGUUUAUCGCAUAUUGUACUACUGUGAACAGGAGAUGUGAUGGAAGGAAAGAUGAGUGUGUCAAGGAGCAAGAAAGAUCCCAGAGCACUUGACAUUAGUCUAUCGUUUACUCUCUCUCCUUUCAUACCUCCACAAACUGCCACCAAACCUCUCACAUUCAGCAGCAAAUACAUUCUCAGAUAGCAGUCAUUCAACCAUCAACAAUGUUA